AUGGCCAGCGAAACCCAAGAGGACAUAAAUGGGGAGGCUAUGCCUGCAAUCGACGGCAACACAAGUGCCGCUACCACCACAGGAGACCCGGCAAGGGACACUUCAACAGCGCCGCAUGAUGCAACGGCCUCCAACAAUGAACUUGACGAUACCAGUUCCAGAGGAACCAACGAGGAUAUCAGCGAGGGGAAUAGCAAAGAGGAUGCCAACCCCAAACCUGAAGACUUGAAACCAAAGAAUGCUGGACAAGCAGAUAAUGAGCCGGAUCAUAUCGGAGGCCAAGACGCCAAAUCUGAGGAUCUCAAGCACGAACAAGUGGGAAAUAAGGAUGCUGAACCUGAAAGUCUCAAGCCCGAGGACAAUAAAGCGGAGGUUGCUGAGCCCGAUGCUGUUCAACCUGACAAUACCAAACCCGGGGAUACCAACAGAAACGAUACCAAGCCCGAGCCCGAACCCGAAGACUUGGAACCAGAUGAUGCUGGAAAAGAAGGGGUCGAGUCCGACGAGGCCAAGGACCAAGACGAUGGAUCCCAUAAUGCCAACCUCGAAGGCCCGGGACAUGAGGGUCUCCAGGCGGAGCCAGCGAAGCUCGAUGGUUCCGAAUCGGAAGAUGCCGAGACUGGAGUUCUUGUACCGGAAGAAAGUAUUGACAAAAAUAAGACAGCCGAGGAUUCUACAAUUAAAGAUAUAACAGCCGAGGCAGCCGCAACUCAGGAUAGUGGAGGAGACACUGCUCACGGGAUUGCGAACGACGGGUCUUCAGACCAGAAGUUUACCUACCGAAAAUACACAGACAAGGAAGUCAAUGACCAAGAGGCUGAAGACCAGGACGCAAAAGAUAAAGAGGCGGAAGGUCAAGAGGCAAACGAUCACAAAGUCGAAGAUGAUGAGCACCACAAGGACAAGCCUGAGGAUUCCAAAGCUGAGGACCCGGAAGAUGAGCAGGUCGAAGCUGAGUCUAAAGAGCCUAAAGAUAACAAACCUAAAUGCGAAUCUGGCACUGCUCAACAAGACGGAACUAAGGCCACAGAUGCCACAGCCCAGGAUCUUUCAGUGGGAGAAACAACAGCCAGCAAUACCUCAACUGUAGACAGUGGGCUAGAGAAUCUGGCUCAGACGGCUGCGGAUGCCGAGUCUUUAGAGCAGGAGUCUCCAGACAACGAGGUAAAGGACCAGGAUACGAUAGACCAGGAUUCCGCAGACAACGACGCGGAUAAUCAGGAGGUUGAAGACAAGGCGGUCGAGGGCCAACAGGUUUCGGAGCGCGAAGUCAAAGACCAGGAGGUUGAAGACCAGGAAGCCAAAAGCCAAGAGACUAAAAAGCCAAACAUUUUGGAGGAACAAAUCAGACCUGAAGGGACAGUGUCCCAUGAGACUUCAACCAGAGAUAUUGAGGCCCAAGCCACAACGGCCUUGAUCGAGACAACUGGAGACACUCCGCAACCCUCACCGCUAUCCAGGUCCAUAUCACCAACUGCCUCGCCAGCUUCUCCUUCUCCCGAGGACGAUAGCCAGUGA